AUGAGUUCCUUGUCCUGCUGCCCUUCCACAUACACAAUGAGCCAGUGGAGGUGGUCUACUGCAUCAGUGUGGCUCUUGGCUGGUGCUGGGGGUGCAGCUGCUUCUUCUUCCUCUUCCACCUCAUCUAGGAUAUCCUAUAGUGAAGCCAUCAAAUGGUACCAUCUCUUCCUCAGCAUCCUCCUUGACAAAGGAUGCACCCAAGACCUUCCUCCAACAGUUCCACAUUGUAGCCUCAGAGACUGCCACCCAGGCCUUGGCUAUCAGGUAGGAGGAGUCCUUCAGAGUCAGCUCCUUCAGGUAGUCUGUGAUGGUACUUCCAUCACCAGUUUCUUGAGCGGAUACUUCACAAAGAUCUGCCCAUCUGGAGUCCUCAGGGUUCUGGCUGCUAGGUGGGUGCUACAGAUGUCCAACAGCAGAACUGCCUUCUCUGGUAGGUUCCACGAGCGCAGGUGCCUCCUCACACUGGGGACAAAGUCCUCGAAGAAUCAGUUGUUGAAGAUUUCAGCAGUCAUCCAGCUUCUUGCAGAGUUGGAAUACAGCACUGAGAGGGUGGCCAUAUUCAAAUGGUGGAUGCACCUAGGGGACAAGAACUUCCUAAACCAAGAGCUUCAGCUUGUAGGUCCCAGCAGCAUUGCAGGUGAACAGAAUGGUGAUGUGGUUCUUUGCCUGCUUGAAGCACUCGGUCUUGUGGAUGUCAUCCUUCAUGGCCAGGGUUCUGUCAGGGAGCGUCUUGUAGAGCUGCUCCUUGGUUUGGGUCUCCUCCACCAGGAGCUCCUUCAGCUGCGCUGGGAAGGAGUCUGCUGCUUAUGUGUUGGCUGA